AUGGCAGAUUACGACUCCGACUCCUCGGACGGCGAAUUCGCUGAGACGAAUGUUCUUUUGGGCUAUGCCUCGAAAGACGCCGACGAAGAUACCAUAAGCCGCAUCGGUGGCCGUCCGGAAUGGCUCGACGCAGACAAGUCCCCCUCAGCGGCGCUCGCCCGAUGCAAGAUUUGCAAGAACCUCAUGGUCAUGCUGCUGCAGCUCAACGGCGAACUACCCGAGCGAUUCCCCAACCACGACCGCCGCAUAUACGUCUUUGCCUGCAGGCGCUCGAGCUGCAGCAGGCGCGAGGGCAGCAUACGCGCGAUCCGAGGCGUGCGAGUGUGGGCGGACGACGGCUCAGCGGCGGCAGCAGCUGAGGAGAAGAAGAGACAAAAGGAAGAGGAGGCAAAAAAGCAGGAAAAGGCCAAGGAAGCAGAGAAAGCCAAGCCGCGACUGGGCGAUGCUCUCUUUGGAGGUGGACCAUCGGCUGCUGGGGCAGGCGGUGCGAAGAACCCAUUCUCGUCGAAUGCCAACCCGUUUAGCAGCUCUUCGUCUGGCAGCAAUCCAUUUGGCGCAAACCCGUUUUCUUCCCAGCCGGCGUCUUCUACCGCUACGCCUGCCUCGACUACUACUACUACAACGACUACGACAAAGGAAACAGAAAAAGACCUGCCAAAGACCUUUGCAGAGACGCUCUCCAUAAACGCCCCCAAGACAGCGGCCGUCCGCCCGCCGGCUCCCGAGCCCUGGCCUGCCACGGACCAGCAGCCUACGCCAUACCCGACAUUGUACCUCGCCGAUGCCGACUACGAGACGCUGGAGCCCGAGCCGGCCGACAUGCCGCUCCCGGCCAACGCGCGGAUCGAAGAGGCCGACGCGCCCGAUACGACGUCGGCCGCCGACAAGGAAGCCUUUGAGAGCACCAUGGACACGACGUUUCAAAAGUUCGCGGACCGGCUGGCGCAGAACCCGGAGCAGGUGAUUCGGUACGAGUUUGGCGGCGCGCCGCUGCUGUGCUCCAAGACGGACGACAUCGGCCGAGCAGCAGCGGGAGGAGCGAUGAUGCCGCGGUGCGCGAGCUGCGGCGGCAAGAGGACGUUUGAGGUGCAGCUGACGCCGCACGCGAUUGCGGAGCUCGAGGCCGAGGACCUGAGCCUGGAGGGCAUGGAAUGGGGCACGAUUAUCGUGGGCGUGUGCGAGAGGGACUGUGUGCCGGCGUAUCUGGAGGAGGAGGAGGCUGGGUAUCUGGAGGAGUGGGCGGGUGUGCAGUGGGAGGAGGAGGGUGGGAAGAAGUGA